CCAAGAUGUUCCUCCUCUCAAAACGGAAAGUGCUUGCAACAGCAAGUAUACUCGGAACAACUUACUGCUUUCUUGCAUGGAAAUGACACAACACGAGAUCAAAAGUAGCUGAUCUUGAAUAUGGGCACCUAAAACAAGACUUCCAAGACUCUGUACAGCAAACAAAACAGCCAGAAGAACCACCUUUAGAGACAGGGGAUAUUCUUUUAUUUGAGCAUAAAUGCCCAAAUGAACUCUAUCCCAGUGAAGUAAUUAAGUGCUACACAAAGAAAUCCCUUAAAUAUCUCCUAAAAAGAGAUGAACACUAUUCCGGCAUUGGCUUUACCUUCAAAACUCCCAAAGGCCUCUACAUAAUCUAUCCCCAAUACCAAAAUACCCAAAUCACCCCAUACCCAACCUUCCUAUCCCAGCCAAAUAUCGGCAAAAUCACCUCAAGAACCCUCCAAAACCCCCCAGUCGACAUCUCCAAAUCCACCCUAUCCUUCCUCACAAAGCUCCAAAAAGUCCAAAACUCCACAAAACCCCAAGGCACUUCCGACAGAUUCUCCGACAAAAUUACCGAACAAAUCUCCUCUGCCAAAUCCUCCCUCCAACUUUCACUCAUAGUCCAACUCUACUACCAGCACCUUGGAAUCCUCCGCACAAAUCCGUACAAAGGGUCCCUAAAACCCCACUCCUUCGACCACGAUCAGCCCCAGAUCUUCUAUAAAGGCUAUUCCUUUGGCCCAAGAGUUUGUCUGAGGAGUUAAGUGAGUGAAGAAAAGUAGAUUGUA